AUGGCCGCGUUGGGUGGAGGAUGGGCGGACGCCUUGCGCAAGGCAGCGCAGGUCAAGACGGAGCAAUGGCCGCCUUUUGAAGCGGCGUCCCCCAAGACUGAGCGUAAAUGGCCGGCAACCGCUUUCCCGCUCACCAGCCCUUCAGGCUGCGCCGCUUCCGCGGCUUCCGCCUCACCCGCGCAGCCUCCGCACGCGCUUGGGGCGAAAUCCACUCCUGCCAAGGGGCACGAUUUUCCGCCUUCCGCCAAGCACUCGCCGCCCGCUUCCCCAAAUACUCCCCCGAUUCCCCGCGGCGGCGCUCACGCCGGCGUUCUUCCAGCACGCGGAAAGGCGGCGGCGCAGGGCGGAGGUUCCGCCAUGCCCGCGCCGUCGGCGCAGGAGAUGCGCGCACUUGAGGAGGCGAACGCGCUGCUGACUGCUCUCUUCGGGCCGGGCGCAGAUCUCGCUGCGGUUAACGAAAGUCGUCGGAAUCCGUCAGAGAAACGGUUUUCGUCGGCUGGCGGCGCUGAGCCGUCGCCACGACCGGCAAAACCCGACGAGAAGCCCGCGAAGCCGCAAAACGAGCAGCGCAGUCACUCCAGAGUCCCCGCGAGCCCGCGCCCGCCUCCCGCGCUAAGACGCUCCGCGGGCGGCGCGGCGAAAAAGAACCCCGCGCUCGGCGCGCAGUCGCCGAGAGUAACGGCUCUUUCGAUUCGGCCGGCUGAUGCGCCGUUUUAUGCUGCGGAAUUGCCAGCGCCGUCAAGUUUCUACGCCGGUCUCCCUUCCAGCGGCGCCGGUAGCGCAAACGGCGGAGAAUCUCCUGUUGUUGCGCUGUUCGAGGGGGAGGCGACGUUCCCCGCGAUCAUGGCGGAGCUCUGGACGCUCCAAGGCGGGCGCAGGGCGGACGGCGCAAAGGCUGCGGGUGCAGGCGCGGAGAAGCGGGAGCGGCGCCAAGGCGGGAAGAAGGGAGAGCGGGGGGAGGAAUCGGCGGCGCAAGGGGCAGGCGCAACGUUGGCGCGGGGUCGAGGACUGGCGGAAGCGAACGGGCAGGUGGAUGGGUCGCAAGCGGGCAGCCCCCGGGAACCUGAGCAGCGCGCGCUAAAGGGGAGCGGAGCGGACGGUUGCGCGUCGCGCGGCGCGGGGCUGACUUCGCCCUCAAAUGAGACGGUGAUAUUUGACGUUGAACGCGCGCCGGUCGCCAAUGCCACGUCACCAGUUGAAGCGGAAGCAACUGCGCUGCUCGAUAUGGUCACAAAGCUCCUGUCCUCCGACAAGAAUGUGACUGUAAACGGGGGUGACUGUACCGAGAUGAUCAAGGGGACCGUAGAGAAGUUUAAGCAGGAGCUUCUGACGAAGCUUCCUGGGCGAGAUGUGGGGGAGGUGGCGGGCGGGGGACAAGGGGAGGCGGAGGCCGGCGCGGGGGGGGACGGGGGGAAACGCGGGGUCGCGAUUGCGCGGAUGGCGCCGGUAAAGCUGGAACAUGGGGAAGUGGAGGGCGUGGGGGAAGGACGAAGCGCGCGAGAGGGAGAAGAGCAACAACAGGCUUUCCAGCCGCAUUUCCAGCAGCCUUUCCAGCAGCCUUUCUUGUUCACAGGGACCAACCAGUCUCGAGAACCGAGUGCCGCCCCGGAUACUGUUCACGUGCCAGAUGGCGGGUUCUCAUUGGACCAUCCUGUUGCGUGUGCCAUGUGGGAGCCGUCCAAUGGGGAGCCAGCAUCCAGGGAGCAAACACCAGCGCAGCCAGCAGCACCACUCCCAGCAUCAGCCCAUCCCACAUCAGCACUUCCACAGGAGGAGCAACGGCAGUACCAGGCACCGCCGCAGUACCAACAGCAAUGGCAGCAGGAGCUGCAGCAGCAGGACCAGCAGCAAUGGCAGCAGCAGCAGCAGCAGCAGCAGCAGCCUCCCUACUAUCCUCCCAUGACCUCUUCCUCACCACCUCCUCCUCUAUCCGACUAUGCGGCUCUCCCCCCUCCCUCCCUCCCCUCCCCGCUUCAUCUUCAACCCCCCGCCACACACGCCGCCGCGCAUGCUCCUCAUCCUCCCUCACACCCUGCUUUUGCUGCUGCUGAUGCCAUGCCUGCUGCAAGCCCUGGGUUUGAGACUGCUGAUAUGGAUGAUAUGGCCUAUGUGGGCAGUGCAGGUGGUAUGGGUGGUACAGCUGUUAUGGGUGCUAUUGCUCCUCCUACUCCGGCAGCAGCUGCGCCUGCUCCAGUAGCAUCUUCCCCAGUAACGCCUUCCCCAGUCACGUACCCUCCCCACCCCACAUGCUUCGCCCGCUCCCCAUCCACCCUCUCUCUCGCCCUCGCCCCCGUUCACGCCUCCGCUUCGUUCUCAGCCUCGGCGUCAGGCUCGGCGGCUGCUUCGGCAAGCGACUUCACAUGGGCUGCCGGACCUUCGGUCGCACCGGACUCCUCGCCAGCCGAUGCUCAACGCUCUGCACAUUUCACUCUUGAUUUCCCACUGCCGGUCCAUGCGGACUCUUGUCUGAAUGCUGCAGCAGCCAUCACAGAGCUUCCCCUCUUCCCGGCGUCGGCAGCGGCCCGAGAAGCAGCCGCGGCUAUCUCAAGCCUCAGAGCGGAGGGUAUAUCUACCGCUGCGAGGCUGAUUCGGGAACAGUGGGCUCGUAAGAGGGGACUGCCUCCAUUGUCCAUUCCCCCGCCGUUGGAUUUGCCAUCGCCUGAUCAUUCCCCUCCUGCGGACAUGAAACCUCAUGCCAAUAGCAUGUACAUGUCUAUUCACGCCGCAUUUUGA